GUGAUUGGUUAAAAAGACAUUAAGAGUAUAACUCAAGAAGAGCUUAAAUAUAAGAUAAGAACGGACUAUGAAUACCGGCCUGAUUCCAUUGAACACGGUGCUUCGAAGUAUUUCAAGUGUAUUACUUUUGUCUAUAUUAAGAAAAAAACUAUGAUUAUUCCUUCGGUGCUGUCAUCGACAAUUGAAGUUGACCGUAGGACGAUAUUGGUUCAGUUUCGAUGGCACGGGAUUCUGGCAUGUCAAACGCCGAAGUAAAUACACAUUUAUACGCCGGACGUGGUGUGAAAAUUUAAAAUUCGAACCUCGACAUGCACAGGUAAUGCAUCUCGCGCGACUUGACUUCGAGAUUAUGCGUAGCGCUUUGAGGUUAUGGAGGCACGCGCUCAUUUUGGCACUGUCGUGGAAACACGAUUCUUCCAAGCGGAACUUGUGGCGAAUGUACAGGACACAGGCGAGCCACAGGACCAAGGAAUACGAGAGUCGCAAAUUAGUUGGCUUCUCAAUGGAGAAAAUGUACUACGUGGUCGCCGACGUAAAGAAUUACAAGAGUUUCUUGCCCUUUUGCAAGAAAUCUGAGAUCACGAUGAAAAGCAACGACUUCCUGAAGGCGAACCUAAUGAUCGGAUUCCCGCCUGUAAUCGAGAGUUACACGUCGACGGUGACCACGGUGUAUCCGAGGAUAGUGAAAGCUGAAUGUAAGGAUGGCAAGUUGUUCGAUCACUUGGACACCCUGUGGCUGUUUAGUCCCGGACUGAAGAACAAUCCUGAAACGUGCGUCAUCGACUUCUCGUUGUCAUUCGAGUUCAAGUCCGCCAUUUACUCUCAUUUGUCGAAUUUAUUUUUUAACGAGAUUGUGAGACAAAUGGAGAACGCCUUCCUUCAAGAGGCCGUGAGAAGGUAUGGCCAGUCGUGCUUGAAGACGGUACGGCUGCAAAGAUGACAAAAGUUACUCGUAGAGAUUGUUACGUUUCAUUCUUUUCCGCUUGACAAAUCUAUAUAUUCUUACCUAACUCUUUUUAAAGUAAAUGUAAGAUGUUUACCGAGAUUAUAUAACAUAUAUAUACAGAAGUUUAUGUGAUGUAAGAUGACAAACCAAGUAAAUGCUUCCAAGUAUUUGUCUUACAACAAGUGUAUGAAACGAGAACAUUUCCUUAUGAGAAUCUAGUCAAACUUCCAUAAAUAAAAAAUCAUUGAAUGAGGUAUUUAAUAUGAAACAUGCAGGACUCUGUAAAGUGGAGCAUAAUUUGUGUCUACCGCAAGUACCUUAAUAAAAGUAUAAUUUACAUAUU